AUGGAGGCGGCCUACGUGUACCGCCUGGCGGGCGCGCUGGGUUCGGAGCUGCAGCGGCUCUCGGACCGCUUCGGGACGGCCUCCCUGACCGGGCUGGUCCCGCAAGUGGUGCGCCUCCUGGAGCUGCUGGAGACGCUGGCCGCGGACGGGUCGCCCCCGGGAUCGCUGCUGGGAGCGUUGUCGGACGAGGGAUCUCCCGGCGCCGCGGCCGAGCGCUCGCUGCAGGUGGCGGAGGAGCGGCUAGCGGAGGCCCAGGAGCGGGAGCGGCGCCUCCAGAGCCGGCUGACCCAGCUGGAAGAGGAGCAGCAGCGAGCCCUGAGCCGCCUGGCCCGGGUCCAAGCCCAGGAAGAGGGCCCUGGCCGCAGAGAGCGGGAGUUGAUGCUGCAGCUGAAGGAGGUGGUGGACCAUCAGAGGGACAAGAUCCGCGCCCAGGACCACGAGAUCCAGCGCAAGGCCCGGGACACGGAGGCGCUGCAGGAGCAGCUCAACCGCUUCAUGACCGUGAACGAGAACCUGCGCCGGAAGGUGGCCGUGGUGCAGGCCCAGCUCAGGAGCGCCCUGGAGAGGAAGGGGGAGGCGGAGGCCCUCUGGGAAAUGGAGAGGCGUGGCAGGGCGGCUUGGCCCGCCAGGACCAGCACCCCCACGGAACAGGAGGAGGGGGAUGUAGGAGGGGCUGCAGGCCCCCCCGAACACCCCCCUGACCAGCGCACCUUCUCAAAGGAAGAGCUGCAGCAGAUCCUGCAAGAACGCAACGAGCUCAAGACCAGCCUUUUCCUGGUGGAGGAGGAGUUGGCCUAUUACCAAAGGGAGCUGCUUAAUGGGGAGCGGGUCCCUGCCCUCCUCCUGCAUGCAGUGAAAUCUGCCAUCAAGAAACAGCGCAAGAAGAUCUGGGCCAAGAUGCUGGGCACCGAAGAGGAGCCAACGGGCAGGGAGGAAGAGGAGGAGGAGGAGGAAGGUGAGGGGUGGCCGAUAGGCUCUUCUGGCUCUGACCACACAGAUGGCCGCCUGCCCCCGUCCAGGAUCAAGAGCUUUUUCAGCCAAUGGUAUCACAGAAGCUCCCAGCCCAGCCCCACGGAAAACAGGCCUGGAACCUGGGAGAUCCUCAGCGCAGAAGAUGUGGGUCCGGGGGAAGAAGAGAGCGACGAAGUGCCCCCCAGUGGCUCCUCUUCCCCAGCCCCAACCUCCCCGCUUCCUUGAGCCGGGACACUCACGGCUGGACUUGCAGCGCUGCCCUUCUGGGCUCCCGGAGAGACGCUUGGGGGAAGUGCUGACCCGGUUUUGCCAGCAGCCUGGGGUCCCUGCCCUCCCAGACCCCUCACCCUCUCCCUGCCCAGAAGGCAGCAAGAGGCUGCCCUGAGGGUGCUGUGCCCAGAACCGGCUGCCUGGCCUCCGCCCGGCCCUCCCUCCACCCAGGUUGCGCCUUCUGGGAACCGCCUGGAAGAAGAGUUGUAUGUUGCCCUGCGCCUGCAGUCUCCGAGGACGACCAGCAAGUGUGCAACCUUAAAUUUUAACACCAAAAUGAUGACAAUAAAACAGAAAACAUGCA